GUGUUUUACAACGCUGCCAACGUGAAGCAGGUGGACGUGCCCACGCUGACCGGCUCCUUCGGUAUCCUGGCCUCUCACGUCCCCACCCUGCAGGUCCUCAAACCGGGUGUUGUGACAGUCUAUGCUGAGGAUGGCACGGCCACCAAGUACUUUGUGAGCAGCGGCUCUGUCACGGUCCACGCGGACUCCACCGUGCAGGUGCUGGCAGAGGAGGCGGUGACGAUGGACAUGCUGGAUCUGGCGACUGCAAAAUCAAACCUAGAGAAGGCUGUUUCAGAGAUGGCUGCAGCAUCUGAUGAAGCAGCUAAAGCAGAAGCUCAGAUUAAAGUAGAAGCUAAUGAAGCCCUUGUAAAAGCCCUGGAGUAA